AUUUUUUUAAAUUUUCAGAAAAAUGAGCGAAACGGAGAAAGGAAGCUUAUUAUGCCGAGUAGAUUUCCCUUUAUACGGGGCUGCAAUGAUAUCUCCUCGUCAUAUAUUGGUGGCUGGGGGAGGUGGAUCUGCUAAUACAGGAGUUAAGAAUGGAUUCCAGAUUUUUGAGAUAACAACGGACGGAGAGAACUGUAUAGGAACUAGUGUUUGCAGGUUUUACACUGGCGAGUUCUCUGUGAUGUCUCUCUCUGCUCGUGGAAAUAUUAACAAUAAUCAACCUCUCAAAGUGUAUGUAGCAGCUGGUCACAAUGAAUAUUGUCAAGUUUAUAGCAUCACACUAGGAAGAGAACGGCAUCUCUCCGAGUCCGGACUAAGGCAGCGGAAUGUUACGAACGGAACUCCUGGACAAAAAAUUGUAAAUGAUGAUCAGAGUAAACUGGUUUUCCAGGUGGAACCUCUCAAAAAAGUUCAAAUAGAUUUCCACGAAAAG